UGAAAAUUUUUUAAAACCUUCAAGUGCAAAUUUUUUAACAGUUUUUAUUGUUAACCAAAAAAAAAUUACUAUAAAAAUAUUGAAAUCAUUUAAGAAAUAAAUAUAAGUUGGUGUAAUGAAUUGUUAAAGAAAAUUUUGAAUAAUAUAGAAAAGAAAAAUAAAUUGUUGUUGGAAAAAAAGUGUUUCAAACCUCCCCUCUCUCUCUCACUAAAACCGUUAAAAUUCAAAAAGAUACACAAAAAAUGUUUGACCCUUUUGUGAAAAUCAAGAAAAAGCCCAAUAAUACUAGCACCACCAACAACAACAAUAAUAAUAAUGCCAACAACAACACCGUUAACGGCAACAAUAAUUUAAUAGUGCAAAGUUUAGAAGAUAAUUUCUUACCGAAUUUAAAUGACAUCUCAUCGGUGGAUGCCGAAUUGGAUGAUGAUUGUUUUUGCCUUACACCGCCAGCCACCACACCCACAACGCCUACCCAACAACAACAACAACAUAGCAGCAGUACAGCAACACCAGCACUAAGUGCUGCCUUGGCCCAACCUUCAACGUCCUCAGCGGCCGCCGCUGCUGCUGCCGCUUCUGCAAGCUAUUCCGCAACAACGUCACCUGCUGCCUCGCCACUCCAGGAUUUGACCUCUAGCAGUGCCACAAGCACCACCUGCAGUCGUUUACAGCAGCUAAUUGCUGCACCGCCCAUCAUACAAACGCCCCAUUUGAGACAACAGCAGCAAUUAGUAUCUCCACCCACACCACCGCCCUCAACGCCACCAACACCUGCCUUGUUGCAACAACAACUGCAAAAUAAUUGUUCCCAACUACCCAGCACCUCUUCCGCCUCCUCCUCCUCCAAAACCGUUGCAACGCCAUUACUGUCGCCAAACGCGGUACCGCAGCAACAGCCGACCUCGGUGUUGCAACAACAUUUGGGCCAUACCAACGCCAGCUCGCAUGCUGCCGAGCAAGCAAUAGUAGCUGCGGCCGCUGCUGCUAUUGGCUCACCUUCAAGACCCAACCUGCAAACUUUGGCUCAACAUUUGGCCUCACCGCCCCAAAAUCACCUGAAUCAGUCAUCUGCCAACGUUUCUGUCUCUGCGCCCACCUCACCUUUGUUGCAGGAAAUUUUCAAUUCAAAUAAUUUACAAAAUGUAUUAACCAGACAAAGUUCCUCAGCCAGCAACUCGAGUACAAAUACAACAAAUAGUAGUUCUACAACAACAACGUCGUCAUCAUCAUCAGCAGCAGCCUCCUCCCCAUCAUCUUCAUCGUCCUCGGCCAAUUCUACCCUAAGAAGUUUGGUUGCAAAUCCUCCCGCAUCGCUGAUAACAUCAAGUACAACUUUGAAUAGUAUUAUUGCCAAUCGUUUGAAUUCCCCACCGAACUCAAUCACAGGAUCGUCGUCGUCCUCGUCAUCAUCAUCGCUGGCAUCAAAAUCAGGAUCCUCCUCAACAUCUACAAGUAAUACCAGCUCUUCUUCGUCGUCCAACUCCUCCUCCUCCUCGUUUCAGCAGCAACAUUCCGCUUUGACAAAUUCAAUAACGCAUCGUAUACAUCAAUCCAUACGCCGGCAUUUAAAUCAGCAGAGUAAUAGUUUAGGAACAAAUUCCCAGCAACAAACCGGACACAAUCAGCAGCAACAGAGACUCUUGCAACAUUCACAAUACCAACAACAACAAUAUUCACAAAAUCACCUGCAACAAGAACAGAGGCAACAUCAUUCAUCGCGACACUCACACCAGCACCAGCAGCAGCAUCAUCAUCACCACCAUCAGCAACAACAAUUGCCACAGUUCUCCGCUUCCGGUUCUUUGGCAAAUUCUUCUUCCGGUUCCGCAUCGUCUGCCUCUUCUUCUUCUUCGUCGUCGUCUUCAUCGUCAUCAAAUUCCAAUUCAAAUUCACCCGUGUGUGUAGUAUUAUUGGUCAAAUGUCCAAAUUCAAAGGAAUAUUGUAAUGCCUUACAAGCCCACCAAAAUCACAAUCUAAUACCUCCUGCAACAUUACAACAAUUACAACAACAACACCAGCAUUGCUGUGAUAAUAAAAGAUUGCCGGUGAACGAAUGUCAGGCAAGUCAAACUGCUAGAGUGACAUCGAACCUAAACGCAUCCAGUAGUACAAUGGCGGUCAGUCGUGUACCCUCACCGCCCUUACCGGAAGUUAAUACCCCGGUUGCAGAAAACUGGUGUUACACACAGGUGAAAGUGGUUAAAUUUAGCUAUAUGUGGACCAUAAAUAAUUUUAGUUUUUGUCGCGAGGAAAUGGGUGAAGUCUUAAAGUCCUCCACAUUUUCCGCCGGUGCUAAUGAUAAACUGAAAUGGUGUUUACGUGUCAAUCCAAAAGGUCUAGAUGAAGAAAGUAAAGAUUAUUUAUCCCUAUAUUUAUUAUUAGUUUCCUGCAAUAAAUCAGAAGUUAGAGCCAAAUUUAAAUUUUCCAUAUUGAAUGCAAAAAGAGAAGAAACCAAAGCCAUGGAAUCACAGAGAGCAUACCGUUUUGUACAAGGCAAAGAUUGGGGUUUCAAAAAAUUCAUACGACGAGAUUUCCUAUUGGAUGAGGCCAAUGGCCUAUUGCCUGAAGAUAAAUUGACAAUAUUCUGUGAAGUUAGUGUAGUGGCCGAUAGUGUUAAUAUUUCCGGUCAAUCAAAUAUUGUACAAUUCAAAGUGCCCGAAUGUAAGCUAAGUGAAGAUUUGGGUAAUCUCUUUGACAAUGAGAAAUUCAGUGAUGUAACGUUAGCCGUGGGUGGCCGUGAAUUCCAAGCACACAAAGCAAUAUUGGCAGCACGCAGUGAUGUCUUUGCUGCCAUGUUUGAGCAUGAAAUGGAGGAGCGUAAAUUGAAUCGUGUCGCCAUAACUGAUGUUGAUCAUGAAGUUUUAAAAGAAAUGUUACGUUUUAUUUAUACUGGCAAGGCGCCAAACUUAGAUAAAAUGGCCGAUGAUCUCUUAGCAGCAGCUGAUAAGUACGCUUUGGAAAAGCUGAAAGUGAUGUGUGAGGAAGCGCUGUGCGUUAAUCUCUCCGUUGAAACAGCCGCUGAAACAUUAAUAUUAGCCGAUCUCCAUAGUGCGGAUCAAUUAAAAGCACAAACAAUAGAUUUUAUUAAUACUCAUGCCACCGAUGUUAUGGAAACCCAGGGAUGGCAAAACAUGAUCACAACACAUUCACAUCUAAUUGCCGAGGCAUUUCGUGCGCUUGCAACACAACAAAUCCCACCGAUUGGACCACCCAGGAAACGUGUAAAAAUGAGCUGAAAUUUCAAUAGUAGUAGAAGACAACAACAAAGGCAGCAUCAGCAACAACAACAACAACAAGAACAGCAACAAUUGCAAUUGCAACAAAAACAACACAUUAUAGAUAAUCAAGAAAAACAACAAGAUAAAUAUAAUAAUAAUAGAGAUAAUAAUGAAAACUAUAAUUAUUACAACCACAACAACAACUACUAUAAUUACAACAACAAAAACAGCAGCAACAACCACAAAAACAACUAUUAUUAUAAUUAUUUCUAUUAUUAUAACAUAAAAUGCAAAACAACAACAAAUUUGAAACAACCAACAACAAAAACAACCUUAUAUUGUACGAUUAUGAUAAUAAAAUAUUUUUUUAAAAAUUUCAUCAACUAUAACAAAAUGAAAAUUAAAAUAAAUUUAGCUGAUAUUUUCAAUAGUACUACGACUACUACUACCAAAUCCCUUAUUAGCAACAACAACAAAAACAACCACAAUAGUUAUAACAAAAACAAUAGCAAACAUUUGCCAUUUGGUAUUCCAACAAAUGUCUUCAAUUCAAGCAACAUCACCACCAACACAACUCAUAACUAUUAUUACUACUACAACAACAAAAACAGCUACUACCACAACUGUUUUAUAGAUCUACAACAUCUACUCCUAAACUAUUUGCAAUUCCUGAAAUUACAACUUGUUCAGCAGUAUUUAUUCUUCUGUGAAUUUUUGUGACUAUUUAUUUUAAGGUCUAUAUAAAAGAAACAAGAAACAAAAAAACAAAACACAAUAUUGUAUUAUUAUAAUUAAAUUACUAAAUUAGAAAUUUAUCAAUGUCGUCGUCUUGAUGUUUAAUAUUCUAUUAAAAAAAAAAAAAAAAAAAAAAAAAAAAAAAACAAGAAGAAAAACAAACAAACGAAAACCAAAUGCUGAACAAGUUGUAGUUUUGAGAGAAAAGUAAUUCCCCAACAAAACCGAAAAGAAGAUCAUAGUAUGCAAAUUAAGAAAAAGCAAAAAACCCCAAACAAUAUUUGAUGUAGUAGAUCAUUGCAAGAACCAAGCAAAACAAAAAUAAAUUUCAAAUCAAUGCAAAAAAUUCCUCAACUCAAAUGUAGAAAAAUCGGUUUGUAAGAAUACAAAUUUUGUUUUAAUUUUCUAGAAGACAAUGCAUACCAUAUUGUAGACAUGAAAAAGGAUUAUAUUCUCUAUAUCCAUUUCCCCACCACCACCUAAAUACCUAUUACCUAAUAUUUGUAAAUCCAAAAUCCUUUGUAAAUGUACAUUUUUUCUUAAUUGUUGUUGCUUAUCUUGGUAGACAUUAUUUGGUUGAAAACAAAUAUUUGUUUGCUUCCCUAUUUUAAUUGGCAUAUAUAACGUUUUUUUUGCGUGUGUUUGAAUACAAUUUGACCCAAUCGCCGUACAUGCUACAUACAUACUGAUUCCUUUACGGUUUCCUUUUUUUAUAAAUUCAAUUGUUUACAAUUUAUGGUAUAAGUUAUUUUUUAUUUUUGAGAUUAUCCUACAACUCAACAUCACCCGCUCUCUCUCAUCCAGCCUUCCCAUACAUUGUCGGUACAUUUCGGACUCGUCAGACGGCCUAGGUCGUCGCUGUGUAGAUGUAAAUUGAAAUUGUAUACAGGCUUUGGAUGAGUCGCACCUACAUUGUCAGUAGUCUCAGUUGGAAGAUGUAUGUGCAAAAAAAUCCGCUGAGAAGAACAAUUUUAGCUUGGUAUAUUUUUUUCCCCAUUCUAAUGUGUUUGCUAUUUGAAAUUUCUUAAUAUUUUGAAAAAAAAAAAAAUAAUAAAUAAAAAUUGAGGUUAGGAAUUGUCUGGGAUUGCUUGAAAAUAAUUAAAAAACUGGUUUUAAAAGAUUAAAUACCCGGGAAUUUUCAGCUAUUUUAUGACAAAAAUAUUUUUAAGGGAAAAGUUUGUAAACAAUUAAAUAUUCCAGAAUUUGUCAUGAGUUGUGUUGUGUUUGGAUAAAGUAGAAUGUAUAAGAGAUCAUUUAUUAUUUAAAGUGAUUGCCCAUUGCAAUAUGAUGACGUUUGUUGACCCUUGUUUAUGCCUGUUAUGUGCAUUCGGGUUGUAUGUGCCACGAAGAAAUUGGAAUACCAGACAUCGAUCUCAAGUCAAUAUAUAAUCGUAGAAUCUAUUAGACAUCAUUUAUCAUUGUAAUAUGAAGCUAACCCAUAUAUGGUACAACUAGGCCCCAUCUCUAAGAAAUUGGAAUACAAGAAAUCGAUCUCAAGUCAAUAUAUAAUCGAAGAAUGUAUUAGGGAUCAUUCAUAAUUCAAAGUGAUUGUUCAAUCCGAAAUGAAGCCUUAAGUCUGAUAUGUUCUUUCGGGUCGUAUAUGUCACUAACGUUUCGUAUAUGUCACCAACAUUAACCAUUUGAUCGACCCUAUAAAGCUAACCAAGCUAACCAUAAAUGGUACAACAACUAGGCUUUCAACUCUAAAAAAUUGGAAUACAAGACAUCGAUCUCAAGUCAAUAUAUAAUCUAAACUGAUAAUUCCAGAAAAAAUUAGGGUAAUAUAUCGAAUAUAGGUGAGAAAGAUUUGUUAGACAUGGAUUGAGUAAAUUUCUAUUGGUUUCGAGCAUGUCUUAGUUUGUGGGGAGAGUAUUAAGGGAAAAGUGGGAAAAAUGAUCGAUCUGGAGAUUUUGUUUUUUCUAUACAAAAAUAUAAGUAUUAGGUCCGUCUAGUUACUAAUUCUGCAGAAAAUUACAAGCUGUUAAUUUCUGCCAGGGUAAGGAGAUUUCUUCUCUUUUGCAAGAAAAAUGUGAAAAAUAAACACACGGGGUAUCCCAGCAUAAACUUGCAAGCAUUUGUCAAGACGAUAGAAUUUGCCAGCCAUAGGAAGAAAUGUUCCAGAACAGCAAGAAUAUAAACUUUUUUUCUACGAUAACCGAAAUUGGAAUUGGAAAACUGGAACAGGCCAACUGUAAACUCGCCUAGUACAAAUCAGAACUCAGAAAUCGAAAUCCAUAAAAAUAGGACAGCAAUCCUGACACUAUGGGUUUAUUUGAAAUAUUAAAUUAGCAUUAACAUAUCUUGGAGAUGGGUUGUUAUUACUAGCUUUUGGUUAGACUAUUGGUCUAUUCCAGAACUGCAAGAAAAUAAAAUUUUUCAGUGCGAUAAUCGCUUUUCCCUUUAUGAUAUCGAAACAAAUUGCAAAAAUAGUAGAUUCUUGUAGGUUCUGGAACACAGCAUAUUUCUUCUACUUUGGAAGUUCAGAACAAAAUUUGAGGUUAGAUCAUAUCUUUAAGUACCACAAAAUGUAUUAUGAGACAAUAAUUUGAAAGAUGGCUAUUGGAACUCAUUAGCAAAUAUAGAGGUUAGGUAAAUUCUUCGCUAUAGCUGGGUUGGAAAGUCACCAUUAAAACUUAUUUUCAAAAAGUUUCCAUUGGAACCGUAUCAGUAGUAUCCUUGGGGGCUAAUUAGCAAAUAUAGAGGUUAGAUAAAUUCUUCGCUAGAGCUUGGGUGGGGAGUCAUCAUUUAAACUUAUUUUCAAAAAGUUUCCUUUGGAACCUUGUUAUCAGCAUACAGACUGGGUCCUGUGUCCAUUGUAAUGUGUGUUGGACAUUGAUGAAGGUAAUAAAUUCCGUAUUUUUACCCGAAAUCAGAUUCGAAAUUUACGCCCUUUCAAUACUCAAAUUUGUAUUUCCCAGCAUUCCUAAACGUUGAUAAAGAUGGUGGCAGUGUUUUAAAUCAAUAAUCUUUUUCGCUUUGCCCUAAAUCGAGAUUUUGGCUCUAUUCACGGCAUGGGAUUGUAGACGAUAUUGAGGUUAGGAUUUUCACUGCUAUGUUUAAAAAAUUUCAAUAGGAAUUAUGCUGUCCUGAGUGACACCUACUACACUACGAAAACUUUAAAGCCAGUUCAGUUCAUCCUAAAAUGCUUUAAGAGCAAAAUAAACCAAAAAGAGAAAGGAAAAUAUACGAAAAUGGGAGAAAAAUUAAAAGCAAUUUGAACAGGAAAAAAUGUUUGUUCCUUGUGGCAAUGAAAAUCGUGUAAAGCAUCAAAAAGGCCUGUCUCUUCAUUUUAUAAACUCGUCUAAUAGAUCUAUUGGGGAACUAAUUUUCAAAGCCCCACGAAAAAAGCUUCUAAGCUGGCAACGUAGUAUUUGGAAUUUGUUCCUAUUGUUCUAUAUGGAAUGAAUUUAACAAUGAGUUGCGUAAGAGGUAUGAGGGUCAAAAAUGUGUUUUUUUUUUACAGGAGAGGGUUUGUAAAAUAGGAAUCCAAAUCAAUUUCCACAUCUGUCACUCAUACUUAGAUCAAUUUGAUGAAGAUUAUUAAAAAUUGCAAUUGGAUGAGACUAAUGCCAAGAAACUAGAUAGGUUUGAAAAUUGGAAUGUGGUUUAAUAUGAUAUAAAUAUAUAGAAUAUAUUUCACAAAUACACACAAAUUUCUCACGGCCAAAGUCUACAAAACUUCGUGGUGACACUGAGAGAGCAGGAUGUUGAUUUUCAAAGUCUACAAAGCUUUGUGGUGACACUGAGAGAGCAGGAUGUUGAUGUUGUAGGUUAAUUAUAUCAAGUGGUUUUUAAAUUUGUAUUAUCAAAUGUUGUUGUUCAAAUACUUCUAUUAAGGUUUCAAAACAUGAGAAAAAAUCACAACAACAAAUUUUGUUUUUAACAUUUCUUUAUUUUUUAUUAAAGAUUUCACAAUUUUGUUCACUUAAUUUUUUUUUAUAAUUUUCUUCUGUAUAAAGCAAGACAUGUAUGGAGCAGGAGCUAUAUUGAGCAUAAUAAUUAUUAAUGUAAUGUGUUUUUUUUAUUUUUUAUAUAAAUAUAUUUUAAUUUUUAAUUGUUAAUUUAAAACAAAAAGUUAUUGGUUUAACCAAAAUGUAAUUUUUAAUACUAAAUGUAAUGAUAAUUUAGAAGUUUUUUUUAUUAUUUUUUAUUAUAAAGAUGAUGAUGAUUAUGAUUAAUUAUAACUUUUUAUUUUUAUCAACAUAAUUAUAUAACAAAAAAAAAACAUAAGAAAA